AUAGCGUUUUCCUAUAGAUGGCAGUACAGUCGUGCAUUUUUAAGUCUAGUGUACGCAGUAACAAAUAUGGCGACUAGUUCUCGUUGGUGUAGAGUUUACCUGUUGAUAAUCGAAUCACAUUUGGCUUAAAGGAAAUUUCUGAAUUAUCGUAAUACUAACGAGGCGAUUUGCCUCCAUCAAACUCCUCGGUUAUCACAAUAUUCUGCUCUAAUGAGGUGUUCAACAUUUUCAUACAAAACAAGUGUAAGCAAACGAUGUAUCAGUAUUUCAAGUAUACGAAAGUUAGGAAAGAAGUGUUGUCAUUGUUUUCGCAUUUAGCAUAAAUUGUUGGACAAUGAUUUUCAACGUCACAAAUAGUUUGUAAAGGAUCAGAUAGUUAAGAAUUCAUCAGAGUUUUCAUUCACGUGUAACGAGAUAAAUAAAAAUGUAACGUAAUUGCUGUGUUUACCCGCAUAAUUAGCUCUCUCUGUUUUUCUUUGAAAAAGCGUGUAUCAAAAAAUUCAUAUGAGAGAAUGGCAAUUCGCAUUACACUAGAAUGUGGACACUCAUCAAUGUUACGUAUGCGUACUACCCCUCAGGGCUAUACUCAUGAUUGGGAAUUAUUUGUGCGGGGUAUUGAUAAUGCUGAUAUUCACCACUAUGUUGAGAAAGUGGUUUUUCAAUUACAUCAAACAUUCUCAAAACCAAAGAGGAUCUUAAAAGAUCCACCAUUUGUGUUAAAAGAGUCUGGAUAUGCUGGUUUUGAGAUUCCAAUUCACAUUUAUUUAAAAAAUAAGGAUGAAGGUAGCAAAAAGAUAGAGAUUUUAUAUGACCUUAACUUACAAUUUAGUGGUCCUGCAAUUACAAAUGUCAUAAGACAUACUGAAAUAAUUAAUAAUCCUUCAGAUGACUUUAGGAGGAAACUAUUGAAAGGUGGUGGUGUUCUUGUGUCCAGUUCUGAUAAUUCAGUUGAAAAGAACGAAUCUAAAGCAUUAACUAUGGUUGGUAAACCAAAGUUGAGUGGGAGUGAGUCGAAGAAGCACAAAAAUAUAGAGUCAAAAACUUCAAGUUCUUUUGCUGAAUUAUUCGGUACACCUCUGAAACCUACAAAAGUAUCUCAGGACACUAAAAAGUCUACACCACAAGACAAAUCCUCGGCUUCUAAAUCAUUAAUUACCACAGAGAAGUCUGAUAAAGUAGACAAAACAAAAUCUAAGGAUAGUCCACAUAAAGAUCCUAAAAAGGACAAAAUGGAGGAUAAAAAGGACAGAAGGAUCAAAGAGCAACCUAAAGAUAAAAAUCGAAGUAAGGAGAAAUUAAAAAGGUCUGCUAGUCCUGGAAAUAAGAAUCAUCCUAGUCCUCCUAAUAAAAGGCCACCAUCACCUCCAUCAGCUGGAAUAAAAAGAGCUUGUAGCCCGUCUCUGCCUCCUGCAAAGAGGUCAAUUUCCCCAAAAUCAAAGGAAAAGGAAGUGAAAAAGGUAACUUUUGAAAAAGAGAAAGAUAAGAAUAAAGAAAAAGAUAAAGUAAAAGAUAGUUCUAAAAAUGUUGUCGAUGCGUCUAAGGGUGAAAAGAAAAAGGACAAGAAAAAGCAUAAAGAAGAUCGGGAUAAAGAACGAAAGGAUAAGUAUAAGGAAGGAGAACGGCCUUCCUCAAAGGAAUCUAUGAAAGUAGCCGAGAAGAAAAAUAAAUCAGAGAAAUCCGAGAAAUCCGAGAAAGAGAAGAGUCAAGAGUACAAAUCGGCCAAAGAGGGGAGAAAGUCGCCGAAACCUCCGAAGGAGAGUGAGAAACCAAAAGAUGAGAAAUUAUCGAAGACAGAAAGAUCUGAAAAGAUCGAGAAGUCUGAGAAGGCGAAAGAUAAUAAAAAUGAAAAAGACAAGCAGAAGCACAAGCAUAAAAAAAGGGAUAAAAAGGAUAAACGGGAUAGUAGCAAAGAUAGAGACAAGAAAGAAAAACGCGACAGGAUAAAGUCCUCAACAGAGAAACAAAAUAAUGUGCCUAAUGUUCCAGUAACCAAUCCCCUUUCAGUACUGGAAAUGCCAGAAAGAGAUAGUAGCGAUUCAGCGCCAUCCAUAGAUGACGAUUCCUUCCCUGAAUCAAAAUUAGUGCCUAUGGUUAAGAAAGAAGUAGAAAAUUUAACGGUGUCUACACCGCCGGCGGAACUGACGAAACCACUUUCACCUGCAAUUUCUACAGACAUUAAAAAGGAUAAGGUAGACCGAAACAAAAGGGACAGAUCUAAAGGGAGUAAAGGGGAGGAAAAAGAAAUCCGUAGAAGGAAACGACGGAGUGAUAGUAAAGGCGAUGACGACCAUGUGGUUAAAAGAGAAAAGGAUAGAGGUCAUUCGACAUCACCUCCUUUGGAGCCCGUUUCUUCGAGUCAAUCACCAGUUGUGGUGGAUCAAGAAACGGUUCAUAUAAAGACGAAGGAUGGUCGUGGUGUUAUAGAACAAGUCGCCGAGAAGCGUGUCGAGGCGGAAGCGGAACAAGUGGCCCCUGAUUCAACGAAUAGUACUUUGGUUGAUUCAGACAUAGGAGAGCCACCCGUGUUUUCAGAAGACUAUGUGUCACAGUUAAAAGACUUGCAACAAAAGAUAAUGACUUUGCAAGAUAAUCAAGAGUUACAGAGAGUUGUUCAGGUAAUCGCAGAAACCGGUCAAUACGAGAUUACAAAAAAGACAUUCGAUUUUGAUCUGUGUGCUCUGGAUCGUAGAACGGUGCAGCGCUUACAACAAUUUUUUGCAUCGUGACCGUCUGUAGCGUAAAUCAUGACACCUUUUAUUAUAAAUUAUUAUUCUAUGUAUGAAGUCAUUAAGUUAUUUGAGCUUAUAAACGAGAUUCCUCCAGACUAAUAUAUAUACAUAUAUACGUAUGUAUAUAUAUACAUAU